AUGUCAAGCUCCGCAUUGAUUUCCCCGUCAACCACUCAACCGACAACCGUGCCCAGUACCCCGCCGAGUACUCCCCCUAUGUCUCCACCAACACCGGACAAUCCAGGAGACAGUACUGGUAAGGUUAUUGCGGGUUACUGGCAGGGAUGGAACAUGGGCAAGCCCUGUGCUACGAUGAAGCCGGAAGAAAUCCCCGUGGAAUCGCUUACGCAUCUCAUUUUCUCAUUUGGAUUUAUCGCGCCACAUACCUACAAAGUCCUACCUAUGCCGGAUACCGAAGAAGCCCUAUUCAAGCAGGUCACGGAUGUCAAAAGGAAGAACUCAAAUCUGAAGGUUUUAGUCGCUCUUGGGGGAUGGACACAUACUGACCCCGGCCCAUACCGGGAGGUAUUUACUACCAUGGUAUCUUCGCCUGCCAACCGUCAAACUUUCAUCACGAACCUACUCAGCUUCUUAACUCAAUAUGGCUUUGACGGUGUUGAUAUCGAUUGGGAAUACCCCGGAGCCGAAGAGAGAGGUGGCCGCCCAACCGACAAGGAGAAUUUCACGAAACUUCUGCAGGAGAUGCGACGGGUAGUCCAAAGCAAAUACGUUAUGACAUUUGCGGCACCACUGGCCUCUUAUUACUUGAGGAACUAUGACCUCAAGGGGGCAUCUGAGGCUGUGGACUGGAUCAACAUCAUGGCGUAUGAUAUCCACGGCACAUGGGAAAGAGAUAAAACGGCUGCCGGGCAUACAAACUUGACCGAUGUCAACAACGGGGUAGAUACUUACCUCCAGGCUGGUGUAGCACCAAAUAAACUUGUUCUGGGGACCGCUUUCUACGGUCGCAGCGUAAAAUUGGCAAGCGGAAGAUGCACACAGCCUGGCUGUCCAUAUAUCGGUCCAGGAGCUGAGGGACGGUGCGUCAGGACCGCAGGCUAUUUGUCUUACACCGAGAUUAAGGAUAUCAUAUCUGGCGGAGCGAAGCCAGUCUUUGACCGGGCUGGCUCUGUGCAGCACCUCACAUGGGGCGAGGACAACUGGGUCUCAUACGACGAUCCCCAGACGCUUAAGAUCAAGGUUGACUACGCCAGUAAAAAGGGAUUACGAGGGCUCAUGGCCUGGGCGAUAGAUAUGGACGACGAGCAAAGGAGUAUGACUAAAGCUUUGUCCGGUCAUUGA